AUGGCCACUGCUGUUACCCCUGGCGAGGUUGCCAUUGCUCCCUCCUCCAAGGCCUUCACCGCCCUGUCGGAGAAGCUGAAGGAGAUCCAGGCCUUCUCCGGCAUCUCCGGCCUGCUGGGCUGGGACGAGAUGGUGAUGAUGCCCGCCGGUGCCGCGGGGUCGCGCGGGGCCCAGAAGUCGGCCCUGGCCGGGCUGCUGCACGAGAGGAAGUCUGACCCGGCCAUUGGGGAGCUGCUGGAGCAGCUGCAGCGGGAGGAGGGCCAGGGGGCCGACGCAUUCCGGGCCGCCGCUGUGCGCGAGGCCGCGCGGGAGUACAGGAAGGUCACCGCCGUCACCAAGGACCUCGCCAAGCGCGAGGCGGAGCACGAGACCGAAGCCUACCAGACCUGGGUAAAGGCGAGGCAGGCCUCCAACUUCUCCCUCUUCGCCCCCGCCCUGGAGAAGUGGGUGGCCCUGCGCAGAGAGCGCGCCGCCCUGAUUGACCCCGGCAAGCCGGUCUACGACGUCCUACUGGACGACUACCAGCCGGGGCUGACGUCCGCGCGCCUGGACUCCAUCUUUGAUCAGGUCAAGGCCGGCCUGGUGCCGCUGCUGGCGGACCUGCGUGCCCGCGGCACCCCCCCGGACACCGCCUGGCUCAAGGGCGAGUUCGACACCGACGCUCAGGCCGCGCUGUGUCGUGAGAUCGCUUUGACCCUGGGCUUCGACCUGGAGAAGGGGCGCCUGGAUGUGUCGGUGCACCCCUUCACCGGUGGCGCGCACCCGACGGACGUGCGCAUGACCACGCGCUUCAAGAAGGACAGCCUGCUGGAGGGGCUGACGGGGACGGUGCACGAAACAGGGCAUGCGCUGUAUGAGCAGGGGCGCAACCUGGAGUACGACGGCCUGCCUGUCAACGAGGCUGCGGGGAUGGGGGUACACGAGUCUCAGAGCCUGCUGUGGGAGCGCAUGGUGGGGCUGGGGCGGCCCUUUGCCGCCUACCUCCUCCCCAAGAUCAAGGCGGCCUUCCCUCAGCUGCCGCAAGACAGGACUGCAGAGGACCUGUACCGCGCCGUGAACGAGGUCCUGCCCCGCUCCCUGAUUCGCGUGGAGGCAGACGAGGUCACCUACCCACUGCACAUCAUCCUGAGGUACGAGCUGGAGAGCGAGCUCGUGCGGGGCGACAUCUCCGUCGACCAGCUCCCAGAGCUGUGGAACAAGAAAAUGAAGGAGUACCUGGGGGUUGAGCCUGAGAGCGACGCGCAGGGAGUGCUGCAGGACGUCCACUGGUCCUACGGACUCUUUGGGUACUUCCCCACCUACUCGCUGGGGGCCAUGAUGGCAGCCCAGAUCUUCGAGGCGGCACGCAAAGACCUGCCCGACUUUGAGGCGGAGGCCGCCGCCGGGAACUUCUCCAAACUCAAGGCCUGGCUGAACAAGAACAUUCACCAGGUAGAGGUCGGAAGCCUGUACCCCUCGGCCGACGAGCUGCUGGAGAAGGUGACAGGGAGCCCUCUGGACCCCAGCAUCCUCCUGGAGCACCUGAAGUCCAAGUACUCAGAGUUGUAUGGCCUGUAG